AAUUCCCACUACCGCGCGCCAACGUGGUGUAAAAGUUUUACAAGUUGCCAAGUGCUAUCGUUCAAAAUAUUCUUUCCUUCCGAAGUUUGACGCUUGAUGACGGUUUAAAUUGGAUCAAAAAAUAUUCGAAUAUCCGUCAAGUAAAACUUUUAUGUAAUUUGUUCUGAAUAUUUAUUACGAAGAAAAUGUCUGCCCUAAUUCAUGAAAAGAUAUGGCUGGACAAAACAACCUACAAUGAUGCUGAGAAGAAUUAUUACGAAUCAAUAUCUAAGGCUCAAAACCCCCAAGGUGGUGCAGCAUUAAUUGGGAAUUCUUCAUUAGCCAGUGAAGUUGCAAAAGCCAGGCAACAUAUCAAAAACUCCUUAGAAUGUAUGGAUAGUGUUGCAACAUUAGCUGGUGUACCAAACACUGAACUUUUUAAUAAAUUAAAUAAUUUAGAAAAAGAGAAUGUCGAUUUAAAGAAAGCAAUUGAUGAUUUGCGCAAGUUGGUACUUGGCCUUCAAGCUAGAGUAGACUCCCUGGAAACAAAUGCACCCAAAAGCGUACAGCCUGUAGCACCUGCCCAGAGCCAACAGGUAGCAGACAAGGAGGAUUCAGAUGAUGGUGUCGAUUUGUUUGGGUCUGAUGAUGAAGAGGAAAGUGCAGAAGCUGCAAAACUAAGGGAAGAGCGCUUGGCUGCAUACAAUGCAAAGAAAGCUAAAAAACCAGUUUUGAUUGCAAAAUCUAAUAUAAUAUUGGAUGUCAAACCUUGGGAUGAUGAAACUGAUAUGGCGGAAAUGGAAAAAGCAGUGAGACUAAUUAACACAGAUGGUCUGCUUUGGGGAGCCGCAAAACUUGUUCCAUUAGCUUUUGGCAUUCAUAAGUUACAAAUUUCUUGCGUUGUGGAAGAUGACAAAGUUUCUGUUGAUUGGCUUGUUGAAGAAAUUGAAAAAAUUGAAGACUUUGUUCAGAGUGUUGAUAUUGCUGCCUUCAAUAAAGUUUAACUUCUGUUGGUUUGUUAAAGACAAUACAAUUUUAUAAAUCUAUA